UUCAACGAAGGGCUUCUCUGCUUCCUUCAACGAAGGAUUUGCAGAGCUGAGUUUCUUAUUUCCUGUUAAAACCCUAAGGGCUUCUCUGCUUCCUUCAACGAAGGAUUUGCAGAGGUUCAUUGAGUAUAUUGCUUGGAGCUUGAGAAUUUGUGGGUUUUUGGUUGGUUGGAAUCAUAACAAAACGAUGCAGGCCAUUGAAAACUGUGAAGGACAACCAGUGGAUCUUUUCAAUGCUCCUGUGCAAGUUUUUGAGCUAACAGUUAUGUCAGUUGCUGAUAAACUCACCCUAAAGAAAAAAUUGGAAAUGGAGCUUUCUCAGGUGCGAGUUGCAGUUGAAAACCUUAAAUCAAAGAGCAGGAAAAACAUAGAUGAAAUUUGUCCAACUGUCACAGACGACGAUGCAAUGGUCUUGGGAAAUGACCAUUCUGGUAAGGAUCAAGUUAGUGGAGUCCAUUCUAAGCAUGGAUUUCACAGGCAGUUGUCUGUAGCUAGCCAAAAUAGUCAAACCGCUCAUAGCAAGGAAAAGCGUAAACCUGAGAUCACCAAACUCUGCAACAGCUCUGAGUUUGUGCCUAGAGAUGUGGGAGUGUUGGUUAAUAAGCGAUCUGAGGUAGCUAAAGUUGCAGAUAAAAAACGUGCCUUACCUGAAAGGAUUGAACCCCCCCAAGACAGAAAAACGCCAAGAAUAUUUAGUGAUAGGAUGAGAGACUCUGCCAUUCUUCUAAAGAAGCUAAUGCUUCAUCCAGAUGCAUGGGUGUUCAACCAGCCUGUAGACCCAGUAAAAUUGAUAAUUCCUGAUUAUUUUGAAGUUGUAAAGAAGCCCAUGGAUCUUGGUACAGUAAGAUCUAAGCUAGAAAGGAAAUUGUACUUAAGCACCCAGGAUUUUGCUGCUGAUGUGAGGCUAACAUUUUCCAAUGCUAUGCUUUAUAAUCCUCACAACAAUGAUGUUCAUCUUAUGGCCAAGGAUCUUAACACCUUAUUUAAUAAGAGAUGGAGGUCUUUGGAGGAGAAGUGGAAAAAGGAUGGUUCAGGCAGUGUGCUGAAGCCAAGCAAUCCCAAGACAGUUAGUCAGAAGAGACCUGCUGCCUCUUGUGUGAGCUCGGCUCCUAGGAAGUCUAUGACACUUGCCAGACCUGUGAAGCCUGCAGGUGUUGACUGCAAAACAGUGCAAGGAAUUGUCCACAAGAACAUCUCCAAUGGCAUGGGAAAAGCUCGCGAAUUUACAGUUUGUGGUGAUGUUGAGAAUCACAGUGUUUGUACCCAAUCGUUAUCUAGUGAUGUAGAUUCUGAAGGCUCCAUUGUUGGAGGGGUGAGCCAGGGUCAUGCAUCCUCAGGGACCAAAUUUCAUUUGAAACAUAUAAAGGACACUCAGAUGUCUACAGCUGAAGUUGCCAUUGAGCAGUACUCAAACAUGGACCAUGAUGCUGAUGGUGGAAAAGUUUCUCCAAUAAACUGUUCACGAUCCGCAAGUGAUGUUGAUGAAGAAAGUGGUCAGUCACGCAGUCCUCAUCCAGUUGCUUCCACAUCUGCUUUUAGAGAAGGUGGGCGUGAUGCCCCUGAUGGACAGCUCUCUCCGAGCAAGGCUCUACGUGCUGCAAUGCUCAAGAGUCGUUUCGCAGACACAAUUCGUAAGGCGCAACAAAAGACUCUCCUCAACCACGGCGGAAGAAGAGAUGCCAUAAGAGAAAAAAGGGAGAGAGAAGAAAUGGAAAGAAGAAAGCUAGAAGAGAGAGCCAAGAUGGAAGCUCAAGCCAGAGCUGAUGAAGUUGCACGAGAACAGGUUGAGGCCCAAGAGAAGAGGAAUAGGGAACGUGCAGCUGCUCGGCAUGCUCUACAAACUAUGAAAAAGACAAUAUAUAUCGACAACUUCACUGAUUUUGAAUCAGUUUUGAGUAGUUCAUACUUACUAGAGAACUUGGGUUUAUUUUUGAAGGAGGACUACAUGGAUGAUGGUGUGGAGGAUGCGGUUUAUUUUUGAGGGACUACAUGAAUGAUGGGGAAAUGUUUGAAAUAUGAAACAAUUUUUAAUUUUAUUAUUUGUCUAUAUAUUUAUUGAGUGUUAUGAAAUAUAUAAAGAAAGUUUAGUUGAGGGAAAA